UGUUGAAAAAUCUUUAUCAUUUCUAUUAACUAACGAUCAAUGUACAUUACUCGGUGGUAUUAUUGUUAAUUGGACAUUAGAACAACAACUCGAAAAAAUUCUCCAUUUUGCAAUUCAUGAAAAAUGGGAAGACUUUAAAAAAGAAAUAUCACAUAUACCACAUUCAAAUCGAAAAACAUCUGAACAUAUUUCUUGGCUUAUUUUGGAAUUAGAAAUGAAUAUAACUAUUCGAGAAAUUCAUAUCAAAGUAGCACAACAUAUGAUGCAGCCAAAUAUGGAAAUCGAACAUUCAACAGUACGAAAUAUAGUGACGCAAAUGAAUACGGGCGAAGAGAAAACGUCAGUUAUUUUAUCAAUGUUAGCUGUUAAUUUAUCUUCAUCUAGUUCGAGUUUAGUUCGUAUUGUAGUACUUAAAUCAUUAUUUCCGACAAAUUAUCAAUCAUUACGAUGUAAAUUAGGUGGUUUACUUUAUCGACGUAUUUUUCCAUUUGCAUGUCGUCGUGAUAUGAAUUUCAAUACUGUACAGAUAAAUCAAAUUUUUAAACGUGUUCAAGAAGGAUUAUUGAAUUGUGAUAUUAUAUUGACUUCACCAGAAGAUAUUCUCUCAUUUGAUUUACUCACUAUUGAUAAAUAUCGAAGAAAUGAAUUUGAUAUUGGUCGUUCUAUGUUAACAGUUCAACGAUGGUUAAAAAAAUAUGUUCGUGAUGUAUUAGAUGAAUCAGAUGAAAUUUUACAUGUUAAAUAUCAAUUGAUUUAUACUGUUGAUGGAGUUGCAAAACGUUGGAAAACUAUUCAAACAAUUCUUGAAUUCGUUAAAAAACAUGCUGCAGAUAUUUCAAAAUGUUUCUAUGAAAAUGUUUGUUACAAACUAUCUGAACGAAAAAGUACAUUUCCACAAUUCCGUUUACAAUCAAAUUAUCGUUAUGCAGAUAAACCAAUUAUAUUAUCAUUUAUUUUAGAAACACAUUCAUCAGUUGAAUAUCUCGUUCAUAAAUUUCCACGUCUUGAUAUUCAAGUAUUUCUCAUUAUUCGUGAUUUAUUAUCAUCCGAAGUUUUAUUAGUUGCUUUUACAAACCGAUAUCGAGUUAAUUAUGGUGUCAACCCAAGUUCUUCUUUUAAUCGUUUAAUGGCUGUACCAUUUCCUGCGAAAGAUGUUGUAGCUGAUAGAACCGAAUUCGGUCAACCAGAUGGUGCCUUAGUACUAGCACAACUUUCGUAUAACUAUUCAGGUUUAAAUGAAGAAGAAACUGAUCCUGCAUCGAUUUAUGAUCAAUGGAUUUUAUAUGAAGAUGAAAAAUAUGUACCAAAAAGUAUCAAACAAUGGAACAAAGUUAAUUUAAAAGAUUAUCAACAACAAUUUGAUUAUGUCUUUCCAACUUUUCGACAUAAUAUGUUAGUUAUUAAUUAUUUUCUUGAUUAUUUUGUAUUUCUUCGUGAAGUAAAACAAUUUCCACAUAAAUUAGUUGCCUAUGCUUAG